UCGGUUUGUCAGGAAUCCAUUCAAGCUGACCGGUGUCCAGGGAUCCCAGUGACGUCAGAAGUGGGCGUGUUCUCGACGUGACGUCACGGCAGUCAGCCUCCUCCGCUUUAAAGCCGCCGCCGCCGCUCAGUCGGGCAGACCGACCGAGCCGCCGAACCUUGGACCGGGACCGCGCUCAGUGCCCGCUUCAGUGCCGCCUCUGCCCGGAUGGAGCUGCGGGGUUCGCGCCCCGGUGUGCGCCGCUCCUGACCCGGCUCGGUUUGACCUAACGGAACCGUAAGUUCGGUUCGGCCGUCCUCCCCGUCCCGCAGCAGGCCGCCGUCUCCUCCGUGACUCGCAGGUCCCAUGCGAUUCUUCAGACUCACAUUCAAGUGCUUCGUGGAUUGUUUUUGAAGGUCGCGGUUCGGCUGUGGUUCGGUUCGUUUUUCUCUUCAGUUCAACAUUUUUAUUUUUAUUUGACAGAAAAAAAUUCAAAAUUAUUUUUAAAACAUUUCGAUUUUAUGACCAGUUUGAAAUUUAACUAAAUAAACUGAAGUCCUAAAUUAAAAGAGAGGAGAGGGUCCGGAGCAGACCGAACCGGACCGGCUCUGGUUCUGACUGGUCGGUGGGACUCUGACCUAGAGCUGGACUGGGGUUACUGGGGUGUUACUGGUUCUGACCCGGUGUCAGAGGGAAACUCGGUUCUAAAGCUAAAGAGCUACAGAGUUAAAGAAAGACAACCGGACUGGGUUCUGAUUGGGUUUUACUGCUGGUUCUGAUUGGGUCUGACUGGGUUCUGAUUGGGUUUUACUGCUGGUUCUGAUUGGGUCUGACUGGGUUCUGAUUGGGUUUUACUGCUGGUUCUGACUGGGUUCUGAUUGGGUUUUACUGCUGGUUCUGAUUGGGUCUGAGUGGUUCUGACCGGGUCCUAAUUGGGUCUAUUCUGACCGGGUUCUGACUGAUAUUCUGUGACAGAAUCUCAGUGCUUCAGGGCUGACAGUGACUGGACCUUAGAACCUGUACUGGUUCCUGACUAGUUCGUCAAGUUCUGACCGGGUUCUGUCUGAGAUGGAGAAACCGGCCCGGCCCGCCUCGUCCUGCUCUGUGGUUCUGGUGGAGGAGACCAAGAGGAACCCGCUCCUCCUGUCCAGCGGCUUUGCCGCCGCCAACGGGUCCCUCGCCCCGCUGGCGGCGCCGACCUGCGGCGGCGUGGUCGGCGGUACCGGUCAGGAUAAAAGAGGAGGCGGCGCCAUCGGGACGGGUCCGGAGUACCAGGAGCGUGAGACUUGGACCCGGCAGAUGGACUUCAUCAUGUCCUGCGUUGGAUUCGCUGUCGGACUCGGAAACGUGUGGCGGUUCCCCUACCUGUGCUACAAGAACGGAGGAGGCGUCUUCCUGAUCCCGUACCUGCUGAUCGUUUUCAUGGGAGGAAUCCCGAUUUUCUUCCUGGAGAUCGCUCUGGGUCAGUUCAUGAAGGCCGGCAGCAUCAACGUGUGGAACAUCGCUCCGCUGUUCAAAGGUCUGGGCUACGCCUCCAUGGUCAUCGUGUUUUUCUGCAACACUUAUUACAUCAUGGUUCUGGCCUGGGGCUUCUACUACCUGAUCAGGUCCUUUAGCUCCGCCCUCCCCUGGUCCACCUGUGACAACGAAUGGAACACGCCCAACUGCCUGGAGACCUUCCACCACCUGCACUGCGCCAACGCCAGCUUGGCCAACGCCACCGUGGGCGGAGCCAACCUGACCUGCGCCGACCUGGCCGACGCCCGCUCGCCCAUCAUCGAGUUCUGGGAGAACAAAGUGCUGAACAUCUCGUCCGGACUGGACCAACCGGGUCGGAUCAACUGGGAGCUGAUGCUGUGUCUGAUGGCCGUCUGGGUUCUGGUUUACUUCUGCGUCUGGAAAGGAGUCAAGUCCACCGGCAAGAUCGUUUACUUCACAGCCACCUUUCCCUACGUGGUUCUCAUCAUCCUGCUGGUGCGAGGCGUCACGCUGCCGGGAGCGUACGACGGCAUCAUGUACUACAUCAAACCGGACUGGUCCAAACUGGGGGAGGCUCAGGUGUGGAUAGACGCCGGAACGCAGAUCUUCUUCUCCUACGCCAUCGGACUGGGAGCGCUGACCGCACUGGGAAGCUACAACCGCUUCAACAACGACUGCUACAAGGACGCCUUCGUCCUGGCGCUCAUCAACAGCGGCACCAGCUUCUUUUCUGGCUUCGUGGUUUUUUCCAUCCUGGGCUUCAUGGCGGCUGAGCAGGGAGUCGACGUCUCCCAGGUGGCUGAAUCAGGUCCGGGUUUAGCCUUCAUCGCGUAUCCAAAGGCGGUCAGUCUGAUGCCGGUGGCUCCGCUCUGGGCGGCGCUCUUCUUCUUCAUGUUGCUGCUGCUUGGACUCGACAGUCAGUUUGUCGGGGUGGAGGGAUUCGUCACGGGGAUUCUGGACCUGUUUCCUGGGAAAUAUUACCACCGUUACAAACGUGAGAUCGCCGUGGCGAUCUGCUGUUUACUGUGCUUCAUCAUUGACCUCUCCAUGGUGACGCAGGGAGGGAUGUACGUCUUCCAGUUGUUUGACUAUUACUCAGCCAGCGGCAUGACGCUGCUGUGGCAGUCCUUCUGGGAAUGUAUUGUAGUUGCCUGGGUCUACGGUGCGGACCGGUUCAUGGACGACGUGGCCCGUAUGAUCGGCUACCGGCCGUUCCCCUGGAUGAAGUGGUGCUGGUCGUUCAUCACGCCGUGCGUCUGCAUGGGCAUUUUCCUGUUCCACCUGGUGAACUACAAGCCGCUGACAUACAACACGGUGUACGUGUACCCGUGGUGGGGCGAGGUGAUCGGCUGGUGCCUGGCUCUGUCCUCCAUGCUCUGCAUCCCCGUCAGCCUCCUCUACAAGCUGUUCAGAGCCAAAGGAACCUUCAGAGAGCGUUGGGCCCACCUGACCAGUCCUGUGUGGGGCCCCCACCACCUGGAGUACAUGGCCCCCGACAUCGGACCCCUGAGCUCGCUGACGCCCGGUUCUGAUGACAACAAGGUCAUCAUCUUCGAGAGCGUCAUGUAGACCGGACCCGCCCAACCCUCCCAAGACAAGAUGGCCGACCUCCACCCUCACCUCCCACCGCUUUCUGCGCCGGGCAUCAUGAAUGAGCUGGACUCUGAUUGGUCCCCACGGCAACCAAAGCUUUUCCCAGGUUCCCCUGGGACUUCUGGUUCUGUUGGGUUCCGGUUCUCCCGAUGUAGGAUGAAAGGUGGAUCGUGACGAUUCCAAACAACUCGUCUUCCCGUGAGGGCCACAGGGUCGGUUUAGUCUUGGGUCGGACAGUCGGUCAGCACAAACCUGAACCGGACAAACAGCCAUGAUGGACUCGCUGUCAGCCAGAACCUUCAGCCGACAGAGUUUGGAUCGUUGCUGUUUGUCAGGACAGACAGAGUUCUAGACAGAAGCACCGACUGGUUCCCUUCGCGUCCCCUUCAGGUUCUGAGAUCAGAUUUAGUCUGUUCUCUUCUGAGUGCCAAAAGGUUCUGAUGUCAGAACCAGGCUGCUGCCAGCGACCCGGUUGCUCCGCCUCAUCAACGCUGCGGUCCAGUUGGUUCUGCCCAUCUCUGUUGGGUUUCGUCCCGCUUCCUCUCUUUCUCGUCUUGUUAGCAGAAGAAUAAAAUGCUUGGCUGGUUCUGUCCAUAAACCCAUUAGAACUGGUAACCGGGUCGGAAGGAGAGUCAUUUUGAUCCGAAUGUUGUCCGGAAACCUGAAGAGAGCCGGCGGACUGACAGCGUUGUCGAGCGUUGCCUUAUGUUGUUGUCUCACCGUUAGAGUUCAAACGGUUGACCUGUGACCUCCUGUUUGCUGUCGGUGGGCGUGUCUAAGACUCUAUCUCCUAGCAACCAGUUAGCAUCCCGCCAUUGCCGGGAAACAAGCAUCCAAAUGUGGGAAAACCAGAUCUGUUUGCACAUUGUUGUGAAAUAAUGAAAAAAUCAGUUUUUGUUUUUGUAAAAUAAACAGAAGUUUAUUUUUUGGAGGCUUUUAUUUUGGUGAAGAAAUCUCUAUAUUGAAUCUUUGAGCUAUAUUUGAUGCAGUAUCACUGGGAUGAUGAUGAUGAUGAUGAUGAUGAUGAUGAUGAUGAUGAUGAUGAUGAUGAUGAUGAUGAUGAUUUCUGGCUGAUUGUUCACGUUCGGUCGGCGAACACAAUCCACCGCUUCAGUCCUACCUCACUUCUCUUUCAGACUUUCAAAAUAAAACACCUGAGUAUUUUUAGCCAAUGUUGGCGCCCCGUGGGAGUCGGAAGAAUCAGAACCCGCUGCUGGUUCUGAUUCUUCAGCGGGUCGUAAAUCCCAAACAGGAAACAGGAAACCCAUAUGGUGCUGUGGCGGCUAACGUGAACAAGCAGCAAAGGCCGGUGCUUUUAUUGUGGCGGGUUUGCUGCGAUGCAGUGAUUUGUGAAAGGGAAACCUGUCCUUUAUUUUAACGUUCAAAGUGCUAAAGUGUUUCCAUGGUGAUCUUUUGUCCCAUCAUUUCCCCUGCUGGACGUUCGGCUCCGUUUUCACUUUGACCAGGAAAUGAAUCUUCUUCCUGCUGCUAACCUGAAACCUGAACGUCAGCAGAAAAAACAUUCAGCGUCAAACUCAGCAGAUUUCUGAUUUAGGCUCAAAACGUUAAUGAAUUAAAAUGUUAAUUUAUCAAAACAUUAUAAAAGCUGAUCAACUACAACAAGGAGAUGUUUGGCCCCAGUCAUUUUUCUCACUUCAUUGGGAUUUGAUGAUUAUUGAAAUCUGAGAUCAAUUUGAUCAAAUCAAUUUCAUAUUCUGUCUUUUUCAGGUCAAAAUGUUCUUCCAAGCAAAAUUGUGCAGAAAAUAAUAAAAAGGUGAAUUUUUGUGGCCAGCCACAGAUGGAGCAAACAAAAACCUGAUUAGAAAUUUAGGAUCAAAAUCUGAGUUUGAACUUUCUUUGCUCUCAUAUAAAAGCAAAUCAUCUGCAUAGAAACGUAGAAAACUGAACUUAGAACGGACAAUUCAAUGUUGCUUCAACCUCCAGAGAAUACAGAUAUAUAUCAUCCAGAUUAAACCUGGAGAAGUUAACAGAAAAAAUAACAAACACUGAAGAAAAAUGAACAAUGCUCAAGUUAUUAGUUUCAGAUUUUUAAAAAAUUUUUCUAAAUAUGAGAUUUUGGCUCAACGUACAUGACAUUAAAACCCAGAUGAGAAGAUCCUUCUUUCCAUGAACUGGACUAAUCUGCAGCUUUAAUGGAUCAUUUCAUGUAAAACGUUGAAUGUUAAAAGCUGAAUAUGUUUAAUUUCUCUCGUCUGUUUGGGUCUGGACUAUAACCUGGAGGAAAAGCAUCUUCAAUCUGCAGCCAAGUUGGAUUUUGUUUUUCAUCUGCCAAAAACCUGCUGACCGAAUCUGAACCGGGAGCCGGAGCCGGAACCGGAGCCGGAGCCUUCACAUUUACACUCCACAAAUUAAACUGGAUCCCUCUAAAUGUCAUAUUUGGUUUUUAUGGAUCGGUGUCAAAAUUUAAACAGCCAGUCUGAAGAACCAGUCGGUCCCAAACCAAGGAACCGGAUCGAAUCAGAGCUGAAACUCCGAUCCAGGACGGGAAUUGGAAACAAGCAGCCAGAGCUGAGCAGAAAACCGAUUUAUUAUCUGGUGUCGAAGAUUAAGUUCUGACGACCCGAAUGAGACAAAAAGGAAUUUGGUCCAAAUUGGCUUUAAAUCGAAGGGAGCCAAAUGGCUCCGGUUGGUCCGCUCCAGUUGAUCCGGACCGGGUUUCAUCUCAGAUUCUGUCAGUAAACUUCAGUUUGCCAAGUUGAGGAGAGCGUCGGGUUUCCAGAAACUUCCCUGCUGAUCUCUGAGCAGAUCAAAUUUUUAGUUUGAUUUUCUGCCAGAAAUUUUUUUAAAUGUGACAAAAGAAAAACUAGUGAAGGUUGAAAACAUGAUAGAAAGAGAGGAUGUUUGAUUUCUUUAACGCAGCGGAAAAAAGCCCAAACGUACGGCAGAAUAAUCAAAGCUGGCCUCACACAGCAGGGGGCGCUCUCCUCCUGAUGCUAAACAAUCAUGUUUCACCAAACCAAUGUUCAUCAGAAACAAAGACCAGAGAUUUGGAGCUGAAAAUGUUUGACUCCUGUUUGUGUUUUCCAGCCCAAACGUAGCUUCCUGUUGUGUCGCCGUGACGAUCCGUGCUUCGUCUGCGGACUGGUAGUUCAACUUUUAGCUGUGAAUGUAGUGAAACCUGGGCUCUCUGUUAACGAGUCACCAGCCAAACAUUAAGGUAGAAAACAUUAACUCUGAGCCCUCAUGAUGCCAUCUGUGUUGUACCAAGUGUCAAAACCGAAGCAAUAAACCCAACAUGAAGACAAA